GCGUGGGACUACCGCACCCAUCAUCCUCGGGUGGGCUUUUCCCCAUUCGGACAUCCUUUGGAACAGGAGGAAGAGAGGAACCUCUGAGGAACUCAGGAUGGGUGAAGUGGAGAUCUCACCUCGGGCGUACGUCAAGAUGUGCCUCCAUGCGGCUCGGUAUCCCCACGUGGGGGUGAACGGACUCCUCCUGGCUCACAAGCGCCGGCCCACAGCUGGGCCCCCAGAAUGCCUCUACAUCACGGACUGUGUCCCCCUUUUCCACAGCAACCUGUCGCUCACUGUGAUGCUGGAGGUGGCCCUCAACCAGGUGGAUUCCUGGAGCUCCGAGUCCGAUUUGUUCCUGGCUGGCUAUUACCAGGCAAACUCUGGGAUGGAUGACAAAAGCCCUACUACCCUGGCAGAAAAGAUUGCAGCGCGCAUUGCUGAACUCUGCGACGAGGCCGUGCUGAUCAUGUUGGAUAACCGCAAGUUCACGAUAAACCCUCGGCUUCCUCCCCUCACCGUCUUGGAGCAGAGAGAUCACCAGUGGGUUCCUAAGGACAAGAACCUGGUCAUGUGGACCGACUGGGAAGCCUCUCGCCACAUUUGCAAGUCCCUCCUGGAGGCCAAAGUGUACUCCCGAUUGGUUGACUUCGACAGCCACUUGGAUGACAUCAGACAAGACUGGACCAAUCAGCAGCUGAACACGGAAAUCGCCCAGUUGGUAUCGGUAGCCAAUGGCAGUGCUUGAAGGAGGAGCCGGGCUAAUUUGUAAGGAUCUUUAAACCUGGUUCCCUCCAGCUUCCUUAAGAGCAUCCGGGAUGUCGGAUUAGCCCAGAUAGAAGCCAGGAUCACGUGAUUGAGGCCCCGCCUCUUAUUAACGGCAAGGCUGCCAUCUUGACUGUCUUAUCUCCUCCCGCCCCAACAAGGAGACGCCUCUCUUGAAGAAGAA